AUGAAUGUUACUGAAAAACUAUUCUUACUAAUUUUUAUUUGCCUUCUUUGCUUUACUCCAAGUAAAUCAUGCAAAAUAGAAUUGAAAAUUUUUUCAAAAACAGAUCAGCCUUUUAUGCUACAGGUUAUUGAAGGAGAAAAUUGCAGUGAGAAGCCUUGGCAUAUAAAAACUUGGAAAAAAGUAGAUGAUCAGUGGGUUCCAGCUGCAGAAAUUAAAGCCAGAUUAGAAGGAUUUGGUUAUAUUCGAGUGGUAGUUGAAAAUAAUUAUAUGCCUUCUUUCCGUGAUAGAUUUGGUAUUUUGUGCUUUAAUGGAAAUUGUUGA